AUGGCGUCCGUAGCGCCGCUGUUGCUAUCUCUUAUGACAAGCGGUGUCGUUCUUCUAGCCGCCUUUAAACUUAGCGACACAGUGUACAAUACAACGUCUACAGUGUUUGCUUUCUUGGCGCUAGUUCCCGCACUCGUGUCGAUUGGCGUCGUCUCUGAGGGCCUUGGCUGGGGGAUUUUCACGCAACUUUGGAUCGCUAGCCGACAUACUCCGGAGCAAACGAUGACACCUGCCAACGCAUCGGAAGCUGCACGUAUGGAGCUUCUUAAGGCACUCAGUGAUCGCUGGUGGCAGCAUGGCCGUACAUCUCUCGGCAGGUCAUUUGGACUUAACAUCCAGAGACCAGAGUUUGUCACGAGAGGCAGUUCGUUGUAUGAGCAAGUACAAGGCCAUCUUCAAGAUCAUCUAUUCAGUCGUAGCACAGCAGAAACGCCUGUGUAUCUCAUGGACUCGACUACGGGCUAUUUCCUGCGAGCUACUCAGCGCCGCAAGCUUGUGCUUACAAGCAAGCCGAAUGCUUCAUGCUUAUUCUAUGUAGAGCGAGGUAAAACGCAUCAUUGGGGCUUUCGAGCUGUUGCAACACAGCGAUAUAUGGGCCAAAAUAUUGUACAAAAACUUGUUGCGACUAGCAAGAAAUUGCACGCAUGGGAAGCAUUUCGUGUGCUGCAGAGACCAGGGGAUAAAGGAGUUGGAGCCUGUAGUCCGUUGGUAUAUAUGAUACUAUGCUCGGCACGAUUUGGGAAGGGCAUGUGGUUAGCUAAUAGGCCGGCAUUUGCUCCCUCAGUUCCGACUAGCAGAAGUAGCAAUGUGAAUUUUGAUGAAGACGAGAGCUUGUUUAGUGACCACGAUCACACGAGUCAAAAAUCAUCUCGUAAGCAUGGUAUCUUCUUGUCGAAGCAGUUAAAUCAUGCCAUUGGAUUGAUGUAUAGUUCAGAUUUGUCGGCAUUGAUGACUCAUGCGGGGCAAGUGCGGACGCCAUUGGGUUUGCGAGCUUUAGCACGUGCACAAACUUCACCACAUUUAAAUGGGAGAUCACGUCAAACAAAUAGCGGCAUGUUACGGUCUACAAUGUUCACAAUGCUUGAAAAUGGAGAUGAAGAUGAUGCGGAUACAGAUUUAUCAGGACGAGCCACCUCGUUUCUGUUAGUGAAUGGUGAUGACUCAAUGGAACCAUUGAAACCAUUGAGAGCAACUGUGUCUGACUAA